AUGCUUCGGUAUCUGCAUUCAGAUGCAACCUCCCUAUCAGCUGAAGAUAUUCAGGAUAUUAUUAAAGCUAAAAAUUCAAUGAAGCGAGCAUCAGAAGCUAUGGCUAACAAGUACAAAAUAUCAUCACGACGGGUAUAUCAAAUAUGGAGAGGAACCCAUCUACAAAUAGAUCCUAAAGAUAUAAAUCAAUUUUCGGAAGAACCUGGUUCGCCUCAGCAAGCAGAUCCUUAUUAA